AUGCCCAGCGCCGCGUCUCGCUCGCCACGCCCGCGCGUCGCGCUCGCCGGCAGUUGCUCGGCUCUUGUAUAUGUACAUGUGAUGAGAUCAAUACAAUCAUACAUUGCGGUGCAAACUCUUUCAUGGCGCCGUCGCCAUCAACACCUCCACCGCCCACUCAUCAGCAUCAAGUCCCAUGUUCCGGUCGUUCUUGAUCUCGUCGCUGCCAACUACGGCACCUGGCGCACGUUCUUCACCAACACCCUCAAGAAGUUCGGUCUUCUGGAUCAUGUCGAUGGCUCCGUCGACGCGCAGCUGCAGGUCUUCGAUCCGGAGUGGACCCAGAUCGACACAUGUGUCGUUUCCUGGAUCUACGCCACCCUCUCCGAUGACCUGCUCUCCGCCGUGAUCCAGCCCGACGACACCGCCCCCUCCGUCUGGUCUGCCAUCGCCACCCAGUUCCUUGACAACGUGGUCCAGCGUACAUCGCAGGCCCGCCAACAACUCCACGCCCUCAGCCAGGGCGACAUGAACGUCAUCGACUACUGUGUUCAGAUCAAGCGCCAGGCCGACAUCCUACGCGACCUUGGCUCCCCUGUCACCGACCAGGAACUCGUCAUCACCCUCCUUGGCGGCCUCAGCGACAAGCUCGCCCACUGCGCGCCAACGAUCUCGGCGUCCGGCAUGCGGUUUCUUCAAGCCUGCUCCUUUCUCCACCAAGAGGAGAUCUGGAUUGCCGAUCGUGCCCGCAAGGUCACCUCCACCGCUCUUCUUGCCGCAUCCCGCUCCUCCAACGCAUCCGGCAAUGUACCUGCCACGGGAUCUGCGGCGACUCCUCUGGCCUCCAACAACACCACCGUCAACAGCGGCGGGGAACGCUCCCGCAAGCGCAAGAAGCAAUCCACCCGCACUGGCGGUGUGUCCAACACUCCUACCCCCAACCCUCCGGUGCCGCGCGACGGCAACGUGCCGUCCUGGGUGAAUCCCUGGACUGGUGUCGUCCAGGCCUGGCCCCUGGGUCAUCUUCCUCCUGGUGCACCGGCUGCUGGCGUCCUCGGGUCUCGUCCAGGGGCUGCUCCGCAGCAGUCUCUCACGGCCCAGCAUUCUCCGGUCGGCUCUCUUCCUCCGGCGCUCUACCAGGCGCUCAACGGCCUCACCCUCCAGUCCUCGCCACCUAGCGCUCAGGACUGGGUUCUCGACACCGGCGCCUCCACGCACAUGGCCGGUGACGCUGGAUCUUUGUACCCGGGCGGUUCUCUUCCACAGUGA